UUGAUAUUGCUAUUUCUUAUCGUGUAGAAAAUGUGAUAAAUAAUAGAGUUCAAUAUGGAUAUUUUUAUCCUAUUUUGGGUGAAGCUAAGCUCCCAAACAUUAAUGGUGAUAAUGAUUAUAACAAACUCAGUCGAACAUUAAAUAACAAUUUUAAUACAAUAAUCAAUCAUUAUUCUAAGAAAGUAAAAGGAAUUUCAGAUUAUUUGUUAGAUUUAUUUAGUGAUAUCAAACUUGGCAGAAUUCAUGUGACAGAUGGUGAGAUCUAUCUCCUACAAUAUACGAGGUAUCCAAAUCAAAAAUUUGGUGUUUUGGCUGAUAUUAGUUCUUACAAGAUUCCUUUAAAGUUUGAAGAUCAACAAGCUGGAUAUAUGAUAGAUUUUUUGUAUUGUGUAAAGAUUAUGGUGCAAGAUUUUAUUAAACAAAUUCAAAAAAUUGAGAAAGAAAUACAGAGAAUAAAUGAGUGCCAAAAUGAAGAAUUUGAUAGCAAGGGUGAAUUUUUAUUGAACAAUAUUCUUACUACCCCGGCCACACCUCCACACAACAAAUGA